AGCCCCGCUCCUACCCCCUGGUUCAGACAGACUGGCUACACGGAGCGAGGCUAGCUGUUAGCUUCCACUGUCUAGACGGCCGAGAUGAGUUUCCUGGGAGGUUUGUUCGGGCCGGUAUGUGAGAUCGACGUACUGCUGAAUGACGCAGAGAACAGAAAGACAGCCGAGUUGAAGACAGAAGAUGGGAAAGUGGAGAAACACUACCUGUUCUACGACGGAGAGUCUGUGUCUGGCAAGGUGAAUCUAAAUGUGAAGCAGGGAGGAAAGCGACUGGAGCAUCAGGGCAUCCGCAUCGAGUUUGUUGGACAGAUAGAGCUGUUUUCUGAUAAGAGCAACACCCAUGAGUUUGUGGACUUGGUCAAAGAGUUGGCUUUACCCGGAGAACUCACCCAGAACAGAAGCUACGACUUUGAGUUCAUGCAGGUGGAGAAGCCCUAUGAGUCCUACACUGGCGCCAACGUCAGACUAAGAUAUUUCCUCAGGGUGACAAUAGUCCGUCGGCUGUCUGACUUAGUGAAGGAAUACGAGUUAAUUGUCCACCAGUUAGCCACCUACCCGGAUGUCAACAACUCGAUCAAGAUGGAGGUCGGCAUAGAAGACUGUCUUCACAUCGAGUUUGAAUACAAUAAAUCCAAAUACCACCUCAAGGAUGUAAUUGUUGGGAAGAUUUACUUCCUGCUGGUCAGGAUCAAGAUCCAACACAUGGAGCUACAGCUCAUCAAGAAGGAGAUAACAGGCAUAGGUCCCAGCACCACCACAGAGACGGAGACGGUUGCAAAGUAUGAGAUCAUGGAUGGAGCUCCGGUUAAAGGAGAGUCAAUUCCCAUCAGACUGUUCCUGGCAGGAUAUGACUUGACACCCACCAUGAGGGAUGUGAACAAAAAGUUCUCUGUGCGCUACUUCCUUAAUCUGGUGCUGGUGGAUGAGGAGGACAGGAGAUACUUUAAACAACAGGAGAUUGUUUUGUGGAGAAAAGCUCCAGAGAAGCUGAGAAAAAGAAACUUCCACCAGCGCUACGAGUCGCCCGAGCCCCGAACCCAACCAGUCGAAGCGGAGCAGCCAGAGAUGUGAGGCCCCGGGCUACGAACUGAAACUCCACACAGACACACCACAGCUCUUCACUGCUGAACAGCCAGAGGUGUGAGGGCUGCCCCACUAUCUCCCUGGACUGAGCAAUGUCUGUAUACAUGAAAACACAUAACAUACCUUUAGACAUCCCCCCUCCCCCCUCUCACCACGUCACAGCUUUCGGAUGUGAGCUGCCCACCAUCACUCUGUCCCCCCAGGACUGAAACACACUCGCAUACACAUGCACACAAGCAUACAAUCCAAGUCUGCAGAAUGCUAAAUGUCAAGGCAACAGUGCAAAACAAACCAACCCAAGUAACAAAACAGCAAGACAGCCUAUGUCAUCCUGGCGACACGGGCUGAAGACACACUCAAGCACACACAAGUGAAGCCAUACAGUUUGCUGAAUGCAUAAUAAAACAGGAGCAAAGACAGAAAAGAGGAGAUGGCUACAGACCACCGCACCACUUAUCUCUUUGUUUUGCAGCAGGAGCUUCUUUUGUUUGCAUACUGAACAGCACUUAUCCUGGACUUUCUCUUCCAUCCUCCUUCCCACAUCCCCUACAGAGUGACACUUUCUAUAGUCUGGAUGGGCUACUGAUUGAAAGUAGAUGUGGUGGAUCUGUCUGAACGAAGGAUGUGAGAGGCUGAGCUAUGAGUCAACGCACACACACACACAAUAUAUCAGAGUUUAAACUCUCAUUCUUCCAUCUCUCAGUUUUUGUUACUGUACGUAUGUAAAACUGUUCACAGACUUCCAAGUAAAUGCCUGCUUCGUUGGGAAUUUUGUACAACAAAUAUCCAUCUUAACGUAGGUGUAAUCCUAAAUUAAUAUCAGAUGGAAACGUAUCCCAUUCUUACAUGUUUCUACUUCUAGACUGCAGCUUAUUUCAUUCAAGAAAGUCUAUUCUAUCUUUUCAAUUCAAGGUGGUCAUUGUCAUUUCAGUGUAAUAUAUUUCACAAGAUCAUUUAAUUAAAUUCGAAUCAUAAUUUAGCGCUUCAACAAAUGGUUGUUGUUGUUGUUGUGGAUUAGUCUGCAGAUUCUCAAUUCACUGUUUAUUAAGAAAAUGUGAAAUGUAUCCGUUACAAAUUCAUCUGCAGAUGUCAGCUUCCCAAAACGCAACAAACCAUAACGUUAGAGAAAAGAAAUGAUUAUUUGAUCAUCGGAAAAAACUGGCAAUUCGUUUUCUCUUGACCGACUAAUGAGUCUCUUCAGUCCUUUGUUAAGAUGAAUAUUUGCUGUAAAUGUCACUAAAGAUGUUCAUCGGUUUAACAGGAAUUCUUCCAAAUGUAUCUGACGGUUAUGAUUUCUCUGUUAGUCUGCAUGCACGAUGCAUCUUGUUUGAUUAUGUACCGUGCUGCUUUUUUUUUUUUUUUUAGGACUAAGCUAUAAUUGUUAUUUUAAGGAUUUCUUCACCCAUAUUCCAAAAAAGGUUUUGUUUUUUUUCUCAGCAAGGUUUUCGGAUGGAAGAGGGGAGGGGGGGUUAAAUUUCAGCACCUCAAAUGAAAUUCCUCUGGUCUUCUUUAAUUGGGAUGGAGAAAGAAACUCAAACUGUGACAGUAAAUCUGUUUGGCAACGUAGAAAAUACGGUUAUUUGUAAUUUGGGUGAAUUGAACCUUUAAGUUCUCAUCACGUCUGCUGGUUGUGAAAUCAGUCAAUGUAAGAAAAAGAUUUUCUUCAAUUUCUGUAAUUUGAAACUUGAAAAAAAAAAGAAAAAGGAAAGCUGAGAGAGUUAUGCAGCAGCUUUAACCUGAAAAUGACGGUUCUUUAAUCACCAUUCUUUCUGUUUCCAUCUUGAAUGAUUCAGUAGAAACACGAUACGAUAGGUCGCCAUAAUCAGCAGACUGUAAAUUCACUGUUCUCGUCAGUUUCACCUUGUUUAUCAUAAGGUGCCGUUUUUGAGCCUGUUGGUUUGGUAUGUUUAGAAUACUAAUGUAAUAAAUGGCUCACGUCUGCUUUCGUUAGCACUGGAAGGGAUGCGGUAUCAAUAUACUGUCACAUCCAACUAUGUUCCACUGUGAUGCUCAGACCGGCAGUGUAGGUCCUGCUUUAAAGACACUGUUAUCAGCCCUGUGUGUGGGGCGCUUUUGCCCUUCAGCUCUGAUCUAUGGCCAGUUUUGCACUUUUCCCUCCAAAUGCUUAACUUUGCAUUAAAGGGGCAUGGACGCUGAAGCUAAACAUCACUCAAGGACGACGUCACCUCAGAGAUGAUCUGAGUCUGUAAUUGAAAUUAUACUGUCAUUUAUAUAUCACUACAUAUUUUAAUUUGACUUAAAAUGUACAAUAUGUGUUGCUUUUUGUCUCUUUCAUAUGCAGCUUAUGUCACUACGUCACGUUUGACUUUAUAAUUGUCUGAAUGCAGAGCGACAAUUCAGGUUUCUUUGUUGUUCCACACUCGUGUUGACCUUGUAGUCUGGGUUUAUUUUGUUUGGAACUGUGUAAUUUAUUUGCAAGCAAUGCUUUCUUUCUUUCUUUUUUUCUUUCUUCCUGCCAGAUGUAUUUUCUGUCUUUCUGACACCAUACUGGUAGGGUUUGUUUGGUUUUACUUUAAAUACCGUGAAAGGUCAUGAAGAAACACUUAAAAGCCAAAACUCUCUGCCCCUGUCUUAUCUACUGCAUGUAAAUCCCUACACAAUGUCCGAUCAUGCCAUUGUGUGUUUGAGUGUGUCUGAGUGGAUGCGUGUGUGUGUGCGUGUGGAUGUGGAUGUGUGCGUGGGUGGGUGUGUAUGGUAAUAUGUGUGUAUAUAUACACCAAACCCAAAUAUAUAGCUAAAAUGAAUCAUGAAUAAAGCAGAUUUAUACUGAA